AUGCUGGCGCAGGGCCUGGAGCCCGUCAGCAAGUCUUUGGAGCGCAUCUGGCCCGGGGCGGCGGAGGGCAUCUUGCCACACUGCCCUAGCCUGCGGGACCCGGACCAGGGCGGACUGACUGGAACGGGGCACGCGGAGCUCUGUUCGAGAGUCCUGAGCGAGAAGCAGUGGAUGGAGCUGAUGGAGGCCUUCAUGGCAUGGCCAUUCCACCCAACGUACGAGGAGAUGAUUGGGCGAUUGGCGGACGACGUUGAGCCCUCCGACGAUGAUCACAACGCCGGCGGCAGCAGCAUGUCGACGGAUGCGGCAUUGGCGUAA